UCCCAAGUGAUCUGAAGACCACCAGUACAGGUAUUAUCCCGACACACUAAUCCUCAUCAUGAAGCUGACAUUGGUUUUCUUUGCCGUCUGCGUUUCUGUCGCCCUGACAGCGAUUAUCGAAGAAGAAGAGAAGCCUGCAUGUGCAUGCACAAUGGACCACACUCCUGUAUGUGGUGCUGACGGUAAAACUUAUGGAAACGAUUGCAUGAGAAAGUGCAACGAUGUCCGCCUGCUCCACAGUGGAAAGUGUGAAAACGACCUGUGUGUCUGUACCAUGGACUACGAGCCUGUCUGUGGUGAUGAUGGAGUAACCUACACUAACGACUGCAGCAGAGAAUGCGCGGGGUCCAAUAAUGCUCACGAUGGUAUCUGCGAUGAUUCCAAAUAGCGGACCUCUGUGACGAAGAAAGCCUGACUCCCGCAUGAUUAACACAACGAAAUCACAAGCAUACGUGUCCAUUGCUUUAUCCAGCCUGACUUUUGGCAGAUGUAUUCACAUACGAUUAUUAUCAAUCAUACAUUCAAUUUAAUGUUAUAAUUCACACAGUAAAUCAGGAUUUAUUAAUUAAAGUUAAAAUGAUUGGAACAAA